AGGCGAUCUCUUUGUCCGACGGAAGUGUAAAGUCAAUGGAUCCUCUUAGAGAGACACCACCGCAAAAUGCUCCCCCAGGACACUAGAAGCGACAACGUUUAAGCGAAAUGAUUUGUGAUAUAAUUCAGCCAUUGAACAAGGAGACAAAAAAAAGGAAAACCCUGAAACUGCACACAAUCCAUCCUUGGCAUGACCUUCACACACCAUAUUUACCAAAGCAGUGCACCGUUUUUCGGCCUUUGAAACAUCUCAAUACUCCAACUAUCGCUCUAGGCUAUCAGCAUCCUCUAUCGCUAAGGAUGUUCUAGCAUCCUCUAUCGCUUCCAUUGGGCAAACUUUUCGACUGAAACACUCUGGACAUCUGUAGGGAUUUAGUAUAGACCACCGUGAUACGGUUUUUCCAAAGCUUCGAACGCUAUUUUGUGCUCUUGUAGUGAUGUGUGCGUUUGCGUUAAACCUGCAGCGAUCCGCUAGCAAUCAUGAAUCAAUGAUAAAACGACAUAUAAAAAGUAAAACUUUUGCUUGACCUUUACAAUGUUAGAAGUGCGUUCAAAAGCCAAACUCCCUCAACAUAAAGCUCAGAUUGCAUGAACAGUUCAGAAAGUUCAGUAGUGCACUGUGAGUGCAUCGUUACAAAAUGCGUUCAAUACCUUGGUUUUCUAACGUUACAACAAGACAAACUUAAAAACGGCAAAAACUAGUGACAAUUAUGGGUAUUCUAGCCCGAAUUCCGUUGCGUUUGAGAACGUAGAUAUUCUAGCUUACCAGCGCAAAAGGAUGAGAACGAGUAGAUAGCAAUCCUUAGCUGACUGUUGGACUAAGAUAUCUUAUAACGUAUACACCACCUUCUACACGAACACGCUUAUGAAGCUAGCGGGGAUAAAGUCACUUCUAAACUAGAAAGAAUAAAUUAAAUUGGAAAAGACGAUUCCAUAAUCAUAAAAGAAACCAAAAAAAUCUAAUUAAAAAGUGUAGCGCAAUGCUUUCAUUGCCGCCAGAGUAGGAACCGAACCAGUGGUAGUCCUACAUUGAUUUCGCAUAAGUAUUCUCUUUGUUUGCCUACGAUUUCUAUUAAAUCAAGCAAACGCAAACGCAACAGAAUGAUCAGCUUGAUCUCGGAACGAUCACCAUCGAUUAGGGGAGGGCAAAACAUUAAUGAAGGCCGCUGAAUCGAAGUUUCUAGACGGUCAGUAUCAGCAAAAAAGGACCAGUUGGGCGACAGGAUUCCAGAAACGAUUAUCGAGAUUAGUUUAUGUAAAAGCUUUGCCUUAUAAUAUGUAAGACACGAACGAACCGAGAGACGUGGAACAAAACAAGAUUCUCUAUAUAUACUUAUACAAGCAUAUGAAUUAUACAA